AUGCGUGAGGAGUUUGACGCCCUGCAGCGCAAACGUACGUGGCAGCUUGUUCCGCGGCCUCCCUGUGCCAAUGUCAUCACUGGCAAGUGGGUCUUCCGCCACAAGACUCGCCCCGACAGCUCUCUCGAGCGCUACAAGCUUGUUGUUUCUCGUGUCUGGCCAGUUCACCAGCUCGAUGUGUCCAAUGCUUUCUUGCAUGGCCAUCUCGACGAGCAGGUCUUCUGUCAGCAGCCUACUGGUUUCGUCGACACCGACUAUCCGGACCAUGUGUGCUUGCUCCCCGGUUCUCUCUACGGGUUGAAGCAGCACCAGGGCACCGCCACCGCGUACCUCCUCCUAUACGUCUACGACAUCAUCCUGACUGCAUCCUCGCUAGUGCUUCUUCAGCAGAUCACAGCUCGCCUCGGCACCGAGUUCGCCCUCAAGGACUUGGGGGCUCUCCACUACUUCCUCGGCAUCGAGGUUGUGCACCGGGCCACCAGCUUCUUUCUGCACCAGCAGAAGUAUGCCUACGAGCUUCUCGAGAGAGCGGGCAUGCUUAACUGCAAGCCUGCUUCCACGCCUGUCGACACGAAGGCUAAGGUGUCCGCCGUCGAGGGUUCUCCGGCGUCCGACGCUCCCUUCUACCGCUCCAUCGUGGGUGCUCUUCAGUACCUCACGCUGACGCGCCCGGACAUUCAGUACGCUGUCCAGCAGUACAUACGUGGCACCAUAGCUAUGGGUCUCACCCUGACGGCAUCACCUGACACCAGCCUUGUCGCCUACUCCGACGCCGACUGGGCUGGGUGUCCCGACACUCGACGCUCCACUUCCGGCUACUGCGUAUACCUCGGGCCCUCUUUGAUUUCGUGGUCGUCUAAACGACAACCCACGGUCUCACGAUCGAGCGCCGAGGCUGAGUACAGGGCAGUGGCCAAUGCCGUCGCGGGGUGCUCUUGGCUACGACAGCUACUUCAGGAGUUGCUAUGUGAGGUCACCAAGGCUACGCUUGUCUACUGCGACAACGUUUCCGCGGUGUACCUUGCUGCCAACCCUGUCCAUCACCGACGGACGAAACAUAUUGAGCUCGACAUUCACUUCAUCAGGGAGCACGUCGCACUUGGUUGUGUUCGAGUUCUACAUGUGCCCAUCGAUCAACAGUUCGCCCGAUGUUAUGACGAAGGGACCACCCACCUCGACGUUUGA